GACUAGUUCACAGUUGAUUGCCAUACGCUCGACCAACCCGUUGGAAUCGUUCCCGGUUUGAAUCUCUAUUUCGUUCUAUCUCAGUCUGUUUACGUUCAAUCAUGGCGGACUGCGAUCAAGUUAUAUUCACUAAUUUGGUCAAAUCUAUUGAGCAAUAUCCGUGCUUAUACAACUUUAAUUUGCCAGAAUAUUCAAACAAAGUAGCUGUGGAGACGGCAUGGAAAAUUGUAGCUAAAGAAACUGGAAUGAGUGUUGUGAUUUGCAAAGAUAAGUGGCGAAACAUAAGAACAGUGUUUUCAAGGGAUGUGAAGCGACGUCGUUUUGGUAAGGUUAAAAAGAAACCAUAUUAUUUGCAAGAAUCACUAGAAUAUUUAGUUCCUUUCGUGAAGGCAUCACACACCACUGCUAAAGGCAGUCAGUUCCAAGAAGAAAAGAAAGCUUUAACCGAAAUGAACAUAAUAAAAGAUUCGGAAGCAAGCAAUGAUGAGAGCAUUCCUGUUCUUCCUACUUCUUCAGAGACAAGAUCCAAUCAGCUUCGAGUUUCAACAUCUUCAUCACUUUCAACAUCAUCCGCACUACCGUCUCAGUCAGAUUCACUAUUUGGGAAACGAAAUAUGAACUCUGAAAAUUAUAAAUCAAAUUCAUCGAAAAAUGAAUCCUAUAUGGAUUUUGAUUACAAUCUAAACGGGCUGGUACCUACCGAAAAUUCAAGGAAAAUGUUUUUGCUGAGUUUACUGUACGAUGUGGAAGGCAUGACCGACCUUCAAUAUCGGAAGUUCAGAGUAGAAGUCUUAUCUCUGGUGGAUAAUAUUUUAAUAAAUAGUUCUCAGUCACAAGAAAUAAUGAGUGAGGCGCACAUCAAAAUAGAAAUCGAUGAGAGGAAUAAAAUUAUGGAAGAAUAAUUUUCAAACUAAGACUUGUUGCAACAAAUUUUCCAGUCAGAAAUCCUCCACAUUAUGAGGCCUUAAGUGUCACCACAAGAAAGUAUUACUCUGAGAAUUAAAAAAUGGUUCGAAUGCAGAUACUGGGAAGUUUUAGUUUCAUUGUUAUUUUAUGUUAUGUUGUUAAUCAAUAAAGUUGUACAUUCAUUA